CUCCCCAUACCGAAAACAGAACUCUCUCUCUCGAUAUUUGCGUUACUUUUCAUAUCGCCUCCUCGCUCCGAUUCUCUCCCCCUCUCUUCCGGCGACACUCCCCCCCCAAAAAAGUAUUAAAACCCUAGCCGCGAUUUCUCAUCGUCUUACUUUCGAUUUUUGAUUCCAAUCGACUCGUUUAUGGUUGUUUUGCAUGUUUCUUUGUUGUUUCUUUUUUUUUUUUGUAGGGAAACUCGAAGCCGUGAUUUCUCUCUCAAUCCAGCAAUGGCGAAGUAUAGGAGGAGGAAGUUUCGGGAGGAGUCCAACGGCGCUUCUGGAGAGUUCCCCGAGCACGGGGCCAUCUUCAUGUCCAACAGCUCCACCAGAAGGGAGUGCCUUAGACGAGAGCUUUUCGGUUUGCCGAUGGGUCAAGCUGGUUUUGUGAAACAUGUCAAAGCUGGGAUGUUUUUGUUUUUGUUUGAGUUCGAGACUAGGGAGCUACAUGGUGUGUUUCAGGCUUGCUCCGAUGGUGCUAUCAACAUUGAGCCUGGUGCUUUCUGCUCUACUGGGAAACAGUUUCCUGCUCAGGUUAAGUUUACUGAGAAGUGGCGUUGUAGGCCACUUGGUGAGAUGGAGUUUCGUCAUGCGAUUAGUGAUAAUUACUUUACUGCGAAAAAGUUCAACUUUGGACUCUCAAAGUCACAGGUUCAAAGUCUAUUGAAGCUGUUUAGCUUGAAGAAGUUAGAGAGAUCAUUGUCCACUAGAAAACUAGAAAGUAGGUUGGGAAAUGCAGAUGGUGGUCGCGGCUUUAGGGAUCGUCGUGCAGAAGAAACUGAGGUAGAUGUUGACCGUAAGCUUCCCUUAAGAGUUACAUCUACAGGAGAUGCUCCUGGUCGCAGGUUAUCAAAAAACUAUGGGUUUAGGGGUGAAUCUGAAAGUCGCGUCAAAAAAGAAGAGAGUGGCUACUCCCGAGAUGCGUCUGGGGUUUUUAGGAGACUGGGUGAUCCCAAAUCGCGUGGGUUCGAGGAUAGAUAUGACCCUAGCAUGAAAAAUAGCUCUAGGACAGAUGAUGACGCUGAUUAUUCGCUAGUUAAUGGUCGAAGAGUCCCAAAGAACUUGACUCACCCCGCAGGUGGCUGGCUAGAAAACGAGUACCAUGAAAGAGACGGCUUCACACAUGAAAGUAACCACGAGGAACACCCUACUUUUGAAGAAGAUUCAGCGGUUCCUGCUCAAAGCUCAGUACCUCCGGAAUCAGACACAGAACACUAUGACCCUUGUAAUCCUGGGAUCAUGGGAGGUGCAGCGAUGGAAAGCUCUAGGUAUGAUAUUGAUGAAGAACCGGACUACUACAUUCCAAUGCCUACUGAACAUCCUCAAUACCAAACUAGCACUGGCAUAGCUGGAGCAUCUCGUUCUGAAUAUGAAUCUAGAUAUGGUCAUCUUGGUCAUUCUCAGCUUCCUGGUUUUCUAGCUUCUGAAGAUGCCACGGAGAACAUGAUGAUGAACUCUGAGAGGCCGUCUUACCCCAGCCACAGCAUCUACCCUUCCUUUGCUUAUCCUUUGUCGACAGAUUUGUCUCCCAACGAGGAAGUCAACUAUAAAAUUGCAGCAUAUCAACACCAAGAAGAACUUGGAGGUCAUGCUUCUUAUUCGGACUAUAGGACGGCAAGGGAUCCCAGGAUUUACCCUUCUUUUGCUUAUCCUUCAGAGCCAGGGGAUGGAGUUGAUUUGUAUCAAGAGAACAGAGCUCAGAACAAAGUUCAAGAUCAUCAACAACAUGAAGAGUUUGGCAGUGAGGCUUUUGACUCUGACAAUAGGGUGAUUCGAAUGAAAGAUGGUGUUAGUCCUGCUGAACCUGAAAGAAAGAGAGCCAGAAAAAGUGUCUUUAGUAGGCUUGUUAUGCCUCCAAAAGAACCUGAUGCUGAAAAGGAUCCUUCUCCGGUCGCUGAACCAGUCAAUGAGGUAAUGGCGUUUCUAAACGAAUGUCAAAAACAUCUGAUGGAGCAAAAAAGACCAGAUACAGCUGAUCUUGUAAGGUUUGUUAAACCCAAGAAGAAAAAGGAAAAGAAUCAUUCAAAAGAGGCACUUGACAAUGGUUCGAUGAUUCCUUUUACCGAGACUAGUCCUGGUGAUAUGUCUGAUUGUGAACAAGGGGUGGAACAUAAGCAACCAUUCAUCGACUUUAAGCGUCGUAGCCAAGCUGAAAAGAGCAAUCUAAAUCAAGAGUGUAAAGAGAGCCUCGAAGAUUCAGCUCCUCAGGACAAGAAAAGGAAGCUACUGAGGCCAAGACUAAUCGAAGACGACUCGGAAAAGGAUAGAGGAAACAAUGAUAAUCCUAUUGAAACUGACACGGCCCCAAAGUCAGCUAGUGAAGUCCCCCUCCUUGAUCUCCUUGCACGGUUUGGUCAAUAACCAUUCACACUGAGAUGGAAACACUAAAGGACAGAACAAGGCCUCUAGGAGAGGAUAUGUAUCCAAUUGAAUGUGGACGUUGAUCCUUGGCAGUUGUCUUUUAGUUUCUUCCUAAGAUGAAGGUGGUCAAUCUUUUUUUUCUGUAUCUUCAUAAACAUGUUGGUCAUAUCAUAUCUAGUAGCAUUGAACAAUGCUUACAUGCUUUGGCAAAAGAGCAGUUUCAAGUUAGGAUUGCUUUGGGUUUUUUUUGAUGGGAUUGCUUUCAAUCUCAUUACUAGAAUUUUGUAAAUGACUUUGCAUAAGGCAAUUGGUGAAGAGGAAUCUCAAUUUUUA